AUGGAAGGCCAGAUCAGCACAGACAUCCCCAGCUUAAGGAAGACAGAGCUGAAAGGUCGGAGUGCACUCUUGGCUGAUAUCCAGCAAGGAAAACGCCUACGAAAAGUCACCCAGAUCAAUGACCGCAGUGCCCCACAAAUCGAGAGUUCAAAAGGAACCAGCAAAGAGGGAGGAGCUGCUGGCAGCAAUACCCGAGGAGGAACCACGCCCCCUGCCCUGGGAGAUCUCUUUGCUGGUGGCUUUCCUGUGUUGAGACCAGCAGGCCAGAGGGAUGUGGCAGGUGGCAAGACCGGACAGGGCCCUGGUUCCCGAGCGCCUUCUCCCCGGCUACCCACCAAAGCCAUCAGCGGCCCCCUUCCAGCCCCUGCAUCUCCCAGGCUAGGCAAUGCCUCAGAGACGCACAGCUCUGCCAGGCCCGCCCCUCCUCGCCCCAGUGUGCCUGCCCCACCGCCUCCCACUCCACCCCCACCCCCGCCUCCGCCUCCACCUCCGCCCCUGCCCCCGUCCUCCCCCAUCAAAGCCCCGUUGGUGUCCCCACCUGUCCCUCCAACCAAGGGGACUCCAUCUGUGGUGCCACCCCCUAUACCCUGCGCACCUCCUCUUCCGCCUCCUCCCCCGACUCCGCCCCCGCUGCCCCCAGCCUCAGCGCUCAGUGACAAAGCAGUGAGGCCCCAACUAGCCCCGCUGCACCUGCCACCCAUCCCACCCCCGCUCCCUCUCCUCCCACCCUGUGGGUACCCGGGACUCCACUCAGAGCCCAACAACCCUGCACAGGAGGUGCGUGAACCUCCAGCUCCUCCACCGCCGCCGCCACCGCCACCACCACCACCACCACCACCACCACCGCUCCCCAUCUAUGCCUCUAGCUCCCCUAGGGCCGCUGCGGCCCCGCCCCCUUUGCCAGGCUCAAACAACAGCGGCAACGAGACUCCUCCCCCGCUGCCCCCCAAAUCCCCCAGCUUCCAGGUGCAGAAGGCCUUGCCCACACCUCCAGGUGCUCCCGGCCCUGGCCCUCAGGUUAUCCUGCAGAAGAAGCGGCGAGGCCCAGGAACCAGUGGGGGGAAGCUAAACCCACCUCCAGCCCCACCUGCAAGAUCGCCCACCACAGAGCUUUCUAGCAAAAGCCAGCAACCUGGAGGCCAGCUACGGAAUGGAAGCCAGCACAUGAUUGAUGACUUCGAGUCUAAAUUCACGUUCCACUCCAUGGAAGACUUUCCCCCUCCUGACGAAUACAAACCAUGUCAGAAGAUUUACCCCAGCAAGGUCCCCAGAAGCCGUACACCUGGUUCCUGGCUCCAAGCUGAGGCAGCUGGGCAGAGCUCUGAUGACAUCAAAACCAGAAAUUCUCAGUUAUCUCUAAAGGCACUCCGGUGAGAAGAUGGUGAAGCCAAGGUCCUGGGGUUCUGGAUUGGAUGGACACCAGGACAACUCCUCGAGACUCUGUUGUACUCAAGCUCUACGCAUUUGACAUGCAGGCUCCAAACUGAGCAUUUAUUUAUUGUAUAUAAUGAUUUGCACGAACCCUAAAGCACCAUUUUAGUCAACUUUUAUUUGAGUAAUAUUUUAAUACUUUUAAAAUAUGCA